AUGUUUGAUGGAGUCCCAGACCAAUUCCACCAAUUCAUAACUCCAAGAACCUCUUCUUCAUCACUACCUCUUCAUUUACCUUUCCCUCUUUCAACAACACCAAAUAACAACAACAACAACAACAACACCUUUCCCACUUUUGAUCCUUAUAAUCAUCAUCAAUUACCAACACUCCAACUUCAACCAAACAAUCUCUUGCACCCAUUACACCAUCACAACAACAAAGAUGAACCAAAAGAACAAACCACUCCUUCAAUUAACAACUUCCAAAUUGAAAGAGAUCAACGACAAAUACUACCUCAACUCGUCGAUCCUUGGACUAACGACGAGGUUCUUGCACUCUUGAAGAUCAGAUCCAACAUGGAGAAUUGGUUCCCAGAUUUCACCUGGGAACACGUAUCAAGGAAGCUAGCUGAGAUUGGAUUUAAACGUAGUGCAGAGAAAUGCAAAGAGAAAUUUGAAGAAGAAAGUAGAUUUUUCAGCAACAUUAGUAAUAAUAAUAAUAAUAAUCAGAAUCCGAAUCAGAAUCAGAAUAAUUACGGUAAGAAUUUUCGGUUUGUUACUGAGCUUGAAGAGCUUUAUCAAGGUGGUGGGGGUGAGAAUAAGCAAGACAAGAUGAGGAGUGAAUCGAAUGACGAUGAUUCGAGAAGCGACGAGGUUUUGGUGAUGAAGAAAGAUGAAGAUGAGGUGUUUGAGAGAAGUACUAGAAAUGAUGAGAAGAAGAGGAAAAGAGGUGGUGAUAGAUUUGAAGUGUUCAAGGGUUUUUGUGAGAGUGUUGUGAAGAAAAUGAUGGAUCAACAAGAAGUUAUUAAUUGUUAUCACUCAUUAAUAACUUAA